AUUGGCAAGUCCAUGUUUGACGAAGCUGGCGCUAAAAUCGUCAAUGACUUAAUGACAAAGGCGGAGAAAAAUGACGUCAAAAUGCACCUUCCGUGUGAUUUUAUUACCGCUGAUAAAUUCGAGGAAUGUGCAGAGGUUGGUUGUGCUGAUGUUGAGUCGGGGAUUCCCGACGGAUGGAUGGGUUUGGAUAUAGGACCCAACAGCAUCGAAUCGUUUAAAGUACCCAUCGGUAGAGCACAAGUGAUAGUUUGGAAUGGAUCACCCGGUGUAUUUGAAUGGGACGACUUCUCCAAAGGAACUAAAGCCGUCAUGGAUGGAGUCGUUGCAGCCACGCAACGAGGAGCUGUCACUAUUAUCGGUGGCGGAGACACAGCCACCUGUGCUAAAAAAUGGAAGAGUAAAGAUAAAGUUUCACACGUUUCGACGGGAGGUGGCGCUAGUUUGGAACUUCUCGAGUGGAAAGUGCUACCAGGGGUAGCAGCCCUUUCUGAUGCUUAA